GUUGCUGGGAGAUGGAGCUGUUACUGACUGGUGAAAAGAUGAGAAUCCACCCACCAACAUCCUCCUCUCCCAUAACAUUUAUUGCCAGUGAAAGAGGCAGCUGAAGGAGGUGGCCAUUCUCUCCUCCCCCUGUGUUAUCCAUCUGCACUGCUGUCUGUAGAGACUCGCUCUGCUGGAUUGACACCUGACUGCAUGUCUUUGGACAUGGGAGGGACAUUAAUUGACAGGACUCAAGAUGAGUGUGACAUGGACUUGGUCUUCUUCUACCUCUAAUUGUUUCUCUCAAGUCCUGACAGGUGUCUGAGAGAGCGGGUAGCCAGAUUAUGGGUACGAGUGCCAGUGCAACUUCCCAGGCUGCUCCGUUUGCACCUACACACCAGGCUGAUCACCAAGGGAACAGCAUGGCUGAGCACAGACGCUCACUACAGUCGGUGAACAUUCGCAACAGCAAGGCCAAAUCCAUCAUCACAAACAAGGUGGCCCCUGUUGUCAUCACAAACAACUGCAGGGAAGAGUUUCAGAUUCAUGACAAGAUCCAAUCUGCCAACUACUCGAUGGGAAGGAUAUCUGACCUGUUGCCGGAGCACUACCUAGUGCUGGGGGAGUUUUUUAUGGUACAGGAUGUAUACAAUAGAGCUGAUGUCUUAAAUACUACAAAAAGCCACGGGGCCCCCAACUUCCGCAAGGUCAAGGGAAACUAUCCCCUGUUUGGAAUGGGCCAACCUAGCCUGAGUGGUUUCAAACAGGUCCUCCAGAGAUUGCAGAUUGAUGGCUGUGAGGAGGUGAUUUUCAUCUGUUUGAGGGAGGAACCAGUGGUCUUCUUCCGCUCAGAUGGAGACUUUAUUCCGUACACUCCCAGAGGAAGAGAGAACCUCCAUGAGAACCUGCAUGACCUAGACAGAGAGCUCAGCGCAGAGCAAAUAGAGCUCUCCAUCCGGAAAGAGUUGUGUGACUUUGCCAAGCUGAGUGAAAAUAUGUUCUAUGUCUAUAAUGACAUUGAGCAUUUUAAAGAUGAACCUCAGCAGGUACAGAUUCUGUCAGAGGAGGACAUUCAUGUCACUGAGGAGGUCUACAAAAGACCGCUUUUCUGUCAACCACUGCAGAGAUAUUACAGAUUGCCGCUCCCUAUGGAAGGGGCACCACUGGAGGAGACAUUUGAUGCCUUUGUUAAUAUACUCAGGGAGACCCCAAACCUCUCUUUGAUGCGGGACAGCUCCAGACCUCUGCCUGCACUGCUCUUCAGCUGCCAGGUGGGGGUGGGACGCACCAAUCUUGGCUUAAUUCUGGGAGCCUUAGUCUUCCAUCACCUGCAGGGGGCAUCAAAGAGCCCCAGGCAAGAAAUACAGAAGAGUGAACACAAAUUGGAUUUCCAAGUGAUUCAGUUGCUAAUCAGUCGCCUAACUAAGGGUCAACAAGUCCUUGAUGAGGUUGAUGAUGCUGUUGCCAUGUGCUCUGAAAUGCAUAACAUAAAAAAUGCUGUGUAUGAAAACAAACUAAAGCUUGAAGGCAUUGGCGAAGAUUACCAGAUUCAAGGAAGCAGCACAAAAGGCUACUUCCUGCAAAGAACACUGCAAAGUCUUGAACGCUAUGUGUACCUAAUAGUAUUCAAUGCGUAUCUUCACGAUCAGUAUCCACAGGCAUUUCCUCAGAGCUUCAGUCAGUGGCUGUGUAUGAACGCUUGGAUCUACAGACUGCUGGCCAGCAUGGAUAGCUCUGAACUCUCAGCACCAGCCAGCCUUAUAACUGAUGGGAUUCGAGUUCUGGUGUCCAGUGACUUUUUAGCAACGGAUCUGCUCAGUACAGCCAAGGAGAUGAAAGUAGCCAAUUUCAGACGUGUUUCCAAAAUGGCUCUAUAUGGGAUGGCUCAGCCAAACUCUGAGGCUCUGGCUGUCGUGAUGUCCUACCUGACAGACCAGAGGCGAGGGCACUCUACAAUUCUGUGGCUGAAUCUGCAGGAGGAGCUUGUGCUGGAGGCAAAUGGGCAAAUGUUCACCCCACGAGAGACAGGCUGUGUGGAACAGCCUAUUCCAGUCUGUGUUCAUUAUCCACAGCAGCUCCAGCUCCAGGAAAUGGAGCUGGCACUGAAGCAGGACAUCCUGAGGUGUGAGAAGUGGCUGGAAGUGAUUACAGAGCAGGAUAAACAGAUGAGGAUGUUUAAGAGUUGUCACACCAUAGAGGAGCUCUUUGUCCAUCAGAAGAGCAUUUAUCCAGGUCUCAGCUACCAGCGGAUUCCCCUGACUGACUGCUGUGCACCUAAAGAAGAGGUUUUUGACCGCUUAUUGGAGGCCAUGAAGAGCAGUCUGGCUGAAGACCCCAACUGUGCUUUCAUCUUCAACUGUCAUAAUGGGAAAGCCCGAACUACUGCAGCCAUGGUGAUUGCCACUCUCACCCUGUGGCACAUUAAUGGCUUUCCUGAGUGUGAAGAAGAUGAGAUUGUAAGUGUUCCAGACGCCAAGUACACCAAAGGAGAGUUUGAGGUGGUGAUGCAGGUGGUAAGGGUGUUACCUGAUGGCCAUCGUGUGAAGAGAGAAGUGGACGUCGCUCUGGAUGUUGUUAGUGAGACGAUGACCCCCAUGCAUUAUCAUUUACGGGAAAUCAUCAUAUCCACUUACAGACAGAUUAAGAUGGCCAAAUCGGAGGCUGAUGCUCAGUGGUUGCGGUUAAGGAGCCUGCAGUACCUCGAGCGUUACAUUUAUCUUAUCCUGUUCAACUGCUACCUCCAUCUGGAGAAGAAAGACUCCUGGAGGCGAUCCUUCAGCCAGUGGAUGUACCAGGUGGCAGCUAGAGCUGGUGUCUAUGCCAUCCUCAACCAUCUGGGAUUUUCUGAGUUUGAGAACCCUGACGACUCUCCGAUGGCCAGGCUCCGUUUCCGCUGGCUCCCACACAGUGUCCAGUCUAUUCCCAUGCGAGGGCAACUUAUUUAGAAAGGCACAGUAUGUUUAACUGACUAAAUACUGACUCACAUUUCAUAAAUUUGUUUUUAUUACAAUUUCUGUCAGACUCAUUAAAUCAAGAAGUGAUUUAAUGCAUCCUGUUAUCUUAUUUACAUAUUUGACUCUAUCUUUGGCUUGGCAAUGUUAUGUUUUGUCCUUGUAAAAUAUUGUCCUUGUAAAAAAGGCAACAAACACAGAAGAUGGUUAACCUAAUAAACUACACUGUUAAAAAAAAAAAAAAAGUUCAGCAGAUUUUUGAGUUUUCUCAACUUGUUUAUACUACAAAAAUUUGAGAAUCUCCCACAAAAAUAAGUUGAGCAAACUCAAAAAUCUGCUGAAACUGGUUGCCUUAAAAUUUUACGUUUUUUUUUUUGACAGUGUUCACGUUAAUGCUAAUAAAAGUUUUAAUGCUGACCUUAAAGUACAUUUGCACACUGUUAUAAAAAUGUCAUUGUAUAUUAAACAUUUAAUUAAUUGAGAUUUUACUUAAUGUGACAGUCUUGCUGGAUGAUCAUUUGUAUUCAUGUACAUGGUUAUUAAAUUAUACAUAUUUCUAGAACAAUUUGCUUCAUUAAGUCAUUAGAUAAAAUGGUUUAGUUUUGUUGUUUGCCCAUUAUAGCCCAUUAAGGAUCAUUUAAUAAUUCCAUUCAAUAAAUUGAACUAAAAGGGAAA